UGUCAAGGAAUGGGAACAUCCUUAUCUAUCUAGAGCUUGCAGUUGCAUCCACUGUGUGAUCUUCAAGUCUUCUAGCUACAAUGGAUGCUCAUUUUGGGUUGUGGUUUCAUUAUAAGUUGGCUGCUCAAUUAUCUUACUGUAACUAUUGUAACCCUAAAAUUAUAAAUGAAUUUAUUUAUGGCUUAACCAACAGUUAUUUUUUGUAAUUUCUACAUUUGGGGUUGGGCUGUGGCAAAAUUUAUAUUGUCAGCUGACCUUGGUACCUUUAGUUGGUUUCAAUCAAAUAAUCAACAAAUGCAGUCUGGAAUAAAUAUUAUUAGCAGGAUAUGCAUGGGCAUAAUAAUUCAGCUUCAGAAGAUGACAAGCUUGAAAAAAACUUGCUUAUGCAUGGGCACAAACUUUAAAUUAUGGUUGUCAUUUUAUAAUACGAUUAAAUUAAUCAAUACAAAUAUAAUAAUUUACAUAAGUAAUUUUAUUUAUAUGAUUUAUUUACCUAAAAACAUUCUCAUAAUGUAAACACUAAAACGCUAGAGUUUCCACAUCAUAGCUUGAUAGAUUUACAUAGCCAUCAAUCAAAUCGAAUUUUGUAUUUCUUAUUUAUUUUUUCAUUAAAAAGAAAAAAAAUAAAUAAAAGCUACAAUUUAGGCAUUAACCCACACACAUUCUGGGGACACAACACACAGAUCCCACUCAGUGAAAACCAUUUAACUAACUCUGUCGUCCACUUCCCUUAUGAACAUGAGACAUUGAAGUUACUUUAUUGCUUGGAGCAUUUUUUCCAUAACAGGUUCCAUGAUUUCAAGUUUUCAUUUCCUUAUAUUUCAAGAUUUGCUUAUAAUGUUGUUGUUCUAGUACAGGAGUACUCAAGUCUCCACAGUAUCAGGAAAGGAGCAUCAUAUAUUAUAUAUAUCCAUAUAAAGAAAAUAUGAUCAUUCCUUAGCACCAAGAUAGAAAUUCUUUUAUCAUAUAAUCCUAAUAUGAUUUGCUUUCAAGGAUCAGUGAAUUGAUUCUAAUUCAUUACAGAAGAUUCUCGACUUUCCCUCUUCCCUUCAUGAAAAUUUCUUUCAAUGCAUUUUUGCUUGAUCUACAAGAAUAAUUAUUACUGUAAAAAUAUAUCAUUCCUUUGCAUUCUACUCUCCAUCAUUUCUCUUCUGCUUUAUCAUUUUCUUCCUUUUUUUUUUUUUUUUUUCUCACCUGGUGUUUGUCUUCUCAGUUCUCAGUUCUCAUCAUUAGCUAUGAAGAAAUUGCUUCAAUGGUGUUCUUGUUUUUACUUAGCUCUAUGGAUAGGCAUCACUCAGUUAGGACUAAUGGCUAAUGGAAAACUCCAUGCAAGUGGUAAAUGGUAUAGUAAUAAUAAGAAAUUUCCUUAUGUAUCAGUCCUUGUUGAUCAAUCAGGCCAUGGCAAUUUUUCCACUGUACAAUCUGCUAUUGAUUCUGUUCCAUCAAACAACAAGAAUUGGAUUUGUAUCUAUAUCAAGGCUGGCAUAUAUAGGGAGAAAGUGAAGAUCCCAUAUGAUAGACCAUAUAUCAUACUUAAAGGAGAAGCCAAAAGAAGAACUCAGAUUAUCUGGGAUGACCAUGACUCAACAGCACAAAGCCCUACUUUCAUGUCUUUAGCAGAUAAUAUCAUAGUUAAAAGCAUUAGGUUUGUGAAUUCAUACAACUUUCUUAACAGCAACAACCCUAGAGUACCGGCAGUUGCUGCUAUGAUUGCCGGCGAUAAGUCUGCAUUUUAUCGGUGUGGGUUUGCCGGGGUGCAAGACACUCUGUGGGAUGAUCAAGGCAGACAUUACUUCAAAAAAUGCACCAUCCAGGGUGCUGUUGAUUUUAUCUUUGGUAGUGGCCAAUCUAUUUAUGAGGGUUGUGCCAUACAAGUAAUUGGAGAUGGGUUUAUUACUGCACAGGGGAGAACCAAUCCAAGUGAUGCAAAUGGUUUCGUGUUCAAGAGAUGCAAUGUGUUUGGUAGAGGUUCAGCCUACUUAGGCAGACCUUGGAGAGGUUAUUCAAGGGUUCUAUUCUAUCAAUCAAACUUUACUAAUGUGAUACAUCCUGAGGGAUGGAAUGCUUGGGAUUUUGUUCACCAUGAGAACCAGAUAACAUUUGCAGAGUAUGGUAACUUCGGACCAGGAGCCGACACUAAAAACAGGGUGAGCUGGGCGAAGAAGCUGAGCCAUCAAACGUUAUGUAAAUUAGUUAGCAUGUCUUUCAUUGAUACUGAAAAUUGGAUUCAAGAUCAACCUCUAUAGCUCCUUUCUUUCUUUUUAUGGUUUUGUGUUGGAACUUGCCCCGAUAGUAACAAAUAAACUUUGUUAUUAUUCUCCAAAAAGUUUUAAAAUUU